GCGAAGGAUCCACAAAUUCCAAAGGAUCAAGGGCUACCCCACGUUCUCAACUCCUUUCCCCCAGCUCCUUCUUCUUCCCUCAGCCGCCAUCGUUCCUUUCAUUCUCCCAUUACUAGUUCUUACCCUGCUCCUUCUCGCCAUCUGGGUAUCCCUAGAUCUCCAUUAUCAGUUUUAUUUCGUUGCUCUCACCUGGGUUUGCUCUGUAUUAUUAGUGCAUCAUCUGGGUACCCUUUGAUUCCUCUCAAUUUUUUCGCAUUGAUUAAUAGCGGGGGAUCCUUAUUUGCAGGUUAUUUUGAUUCGUUCCGCAUCUGGAUAGGUGGAGCUUUUCUAAAUCUGGCCCGGAAUUCCCGUCAAGCCCUGGUUUUUGUUGUUUAGGGCCUCGGGAUUCGGGGUUCGCUGCAGCGAGACUUGUUGAACUUUCCUUCUGUUCUUGAUUUUCAACUUGUGCCGGUUCUGAAAGUCUCGUGCUUUGUCUGAAAGGGAUCCAAGUGUCGGUGGUGGGUUGGUGUAAGCUGUGUUGCACUGAUUCCUUCUUGCGGGGUUCUGUAAAUGGGCGCUUUGGAUGAGGGGCAUUUCCAUGUGGUGCUUGAGAACGGAGUGGAACUAGAGCCGCCUCAGGGGAUUGAAGGCCAACCCGAGACUUAGGCUAUUGAGGAUGCUGUCAAAGUCCUUUUACAAGGUUUGGGGGAGGAUAUCAAUAGAGAAGGAAUAAAAAAGACUCCACUUCGUGUUGCUAAGGCUUUACGAGAAGGCACUAAAGGUACCACAUUUUUCCUCCCGUUCCACUACUGUUCGACUUUAUUUAAUAUGCUUUAGUUGUUUGCUUCUACAUAGAAUUUACCCUAUUCCUAGAUUCUAUAAAAAAAAAAAACAAAGAAGUAUCAUAGAUGGGAAGUGAAUCUAAAGUUCAUUGUUUGAAUGGGUUCUAAAGGGCUGCAAACGAGCCGAGUCGAGUCGAGUUUUUGCUUAGUUUGAGCUCGGCUCGUUUAUUAAUUUUUCAGCUCGAGCUCGGCUCGAACUCGAAUUUUGAUAAUCCAGCUCGAGCUCGAGCUCGGCUUGAAUAAAAAUAAUCUAGCUCGAGCUCGACUCGGUAGAGCUCGAUAAAUGCUCAUUAACAUAGCUUGUUAAGCUGAGUACAAGCUCGGCUCAAGAUGAGCUCGAUUUAAAAUCAUUUUUGCUGGAAAAUGUAUAAACAUAAGAAUUUAAAUGAUAGAAAGAACACUAGAAACUAGAAAUAACAUCUAAAUUUCAUACACAUCUGUAUUAUAAGACAAUGUUCAUGUUUAAAAGAGUAAUUCAUCCUUCCACAAGCUCAAAACAAGGCAGCUCGCUAGCUUAGCUCGACAAGCCACCGAAUCAAGCUAGCUCGCGAGCUUAUCAAGCUGAGCAUGGUCUAGCUCAGGCUUGGCUCGUUAACUAACGAGUUGGCUCACGAGCCGGCUUGUUAAAUAACGAGUCGAGUGUCGAACGAGUUUUUUCCGAUUCGAACGCCGAGUUGCUCGCAAGCGGCUUGGCUCAUUUGCAGCCCUAGUUCUAAUGUAUCACCACUCCACAUCUUUAGCGUGUAGGAAUGGUGGAUUACCUAUGUUUGUCACCUUCUGCCGUAUACGUUAGUGCUGUGCAUAUAUUUGGAACUAUGAUAUUGAUAUUUACCUAGUUCUUCUGUAUCUGUUAGUAGUUUUACCGCAUAAGCUUAUCGUACUCAACCUUUUCGCCGUUGUUUUCUGAUUAUGUGUGGGAUAAGACAACUCGUAUCGUCUUUUAAUUAAACAACUGAACCUCAGAGAAAUUUAAUUUGAAUUGCUAAUAAUUCUGCGGGAAAAGUCUGAGGAGGAUCUUGGAUUCCGAUGCAAUGAUCUGCAUUGCGUGCAAAUGGAUUUUGAGUUAUUUGAACUUUCAAUGUAGUAUUUCCUAAUGAUUUAUUUUGUCUCCUAACAUUUACAGGUUAUAAGCAAAAGGUGAAAGACAUAGUUGAGGGGGCUUUAUUCCCUGAAGCUGGUUUGGAUGCUGCAGUGGGAAAUGCAGGGGGAGCUGGUGGCCUUGUUGUGUCCGGGAUCUUGAUCUCUUCUCUUACUGUGAGUCAUGUCUACUUCCUUUCAGUUCAAGUGCCACGUUGGUUAUAUUCCAUCUGGUCAAAGAGUUGUAGGGUCAAGCAAGCUUUCUAGGGUGGCUGAUGUAUUUGCAAAGCGACUCCAAGACCCACAACGCCUAGCAAAUGAAGAAUGCUCAGCUCUUCAUCAUUGGAUCAAGCCGGCAGGUAUUGCUGUCGUGCUCCAGUGCUGGCACAUGCAUUUCCCAAGCUUAGAGUCGUUCCUUGUGGAGUCCAAUAGUCAGGGAUGGUUGAGGGUUUUGGUUCGUUCAGGCUCUAUAGCCUCAUGGUGUCCAUCACAAUCUUGUUCAAGUCUAAAAGUUUCUCCCAAUGGGCAAAUCAACACAGGGAUGAUUACAGCAGUGGAUUCAAUCCUCAUGUCUUUAGGGGAAGACCCUUCGAGAGAAGAGCUAGUUGGCACUCCAGUUCGUUUCGUAAAGUGGCUUAUGAAUUUUCAAAACACCAGUUUUGAGGUGAAGUUAAAUGGGUUUGUCUACGGUAGAGGGGUUGAUUCACUGAAGGCCAAUGGAGAACCAGUAGUAUACCAUAAGCAAGAGCAGUUGCAGACCGAGGUAAACUUGUCAUUCUGGUCUCAAUGUGAGCACCAUUUGCUGCCCUUUUAUGGAGUUGUGCAUAUAGGGUACUUCGGGUUCAAUCUUAUUCCCAAGUCCCUUCUAAAAUCAAUUGUGCAUUUUUAUGGCUUCAAGCUCCAAGUACAGGAAAGACUUACUAGACAAAUUGCAGAGACCGUUUCGUCCUUGGUAGGUGGGGAUGUGAUUGUAGUUUUAGAGGCUGGCCACACAUGUAUGAUUUCCAGAAGCAUUGAGAAGUUUGGAAGUAGUAUAGCUACAAUUGCUCUACUGGGACGAUUUUCAGCCGACCCUAGUGCAAGAGCCAUGUUUUUGCAGAGCCUCCCAAAUAGUAGUACUGCAUUGGGGCCAUCUUGAUUGAUUAUAAUUGAAAACCGCUGUUAAGUUUUAGUUCUUUCGUAGAAAUAUCAUUGCUAUGUUCUGCCAUUUGUCUUUAUUUUAGUUCCCAUUGGUGCAAUAAUUAAGCAUGAAGAAUUUUGUGUUCUUUUCUCGAGUUAUUAACCUUAGAGUAUGCGAGUUAAGCAGUGUAUCCAUCUAUUCAUGAUUGUUGAUCUUCAUGGCUAAUUUUGUUGAUCUUUCUCGCUUAUUUUCUCUUUGAUAGAUUUCUUGUUUUGUUCUUUAUCGAUGAAUAUCUUGGAUCAUAUGAAUUUAUGGUAGUGGCUCAUGCUAUAAACAAAAAGCAGCAGCACCGUUGACAGGUGAAGCAUGAGAAGAUGAAACAGCAUGAUACCAAAAAAAUACAAACUUUGUUGGUAUGAAUAGACGUACCAUGUUGGUAUGAACAUACUAUUAUGUUAAGAAGGUUGAAUACAUGAUAAUAGGAGUAUACAAACUGUCAUUUACGACUUUUAUCAUUGUUUACCAUAAGUUACAACCAGAAAUUUGUAGAUCCAAUAAAUCAUGAUGAUCUCGUUCCUUCUGAGCAAACGUUUUCAAAAAUGACUUAAAAACGAAGAAGUUACCAAAUGGUAUGUAGUUGGUAAAAAAAAAGUUUUUCGAAAUUGAAAAUUGAUCUCAUUUUGUAGAGCACAGCGAACACGUUCCAUGUGUGCAAAAAAAAAAAAAAUUGAAAUCCGAGUUAAAACGAAGAAGAUAAGAGCCAAUUAUGAAAACUAGCGAAAAUAAAAUGUCUUUAAUUGACAACCCUUAGAUCUGGAUUUUCUGGACCCACUUAGAUCUAAAGGUCCAGAUUUAGUUACUCAUAGGUUAAUAACCAAUGGUUACUCACCCUAUCCUAAGCCUGAAAUUGGAUAGAAGAGGAAUAGAACGGCUGACGACCUUGAUAAAGAGAAUAGACGAGAUUUAGAGGAUUAGGAAAUAGUGGAGAAGAGGGAUAGUUGAAAGAUACUUUGUUUAUUGAUUUCUGAUUAUUUUAGGGUAAUGUCUAUUUAUUACCCAAUCCUUUUCCGGAUUCUUUUAUUUAAGUCAAACCAAUUGAGUUACUAAAAAUAAUUCAAACGUUAACUUCCCGACAACUUUUUCGUUAGUAAUGCUGACUAAGCAUCAUUAUAUUGAGUUGGCGUCCUACGUGGCGAUCAAUAUACCAUUAUUUUCAAUUUCUAAUUUAAAUAAUAUCAAAUAAUUAAUAAAAUGAGAAAAAAAGGUCAGCCCCAACUUGUGACCUCCCUCCCUUAGAGCCACAAGGCCACACUUUUCUUCCCCCUUCCUCCCUCAUAACCAGUCUCCCAAUCGCCGCCCAGAUCCACCGCCUCAAAUCCUCUCCUAUCCCUUUCCACCACCUCCUCCACAGUCGGUACUCAUCUAAGGACGAUCUCAAGUUGUUUGUGAAGCUAAAGGAGAAUUCGAUGGCAGUAUCCAAGGAUGAGAUCCUCGGGGGGGGGGGGGGAUUCGAGAGUCGAAGGAGAAGCUCGAGAAGAUCUAGCAGUUUGACCGUUGGGGAUAAUUUCUCGUCGGAGAGAGCUAAAUGUUAUUUGAUUGUGUCCCUGGCUGUGUUACCUGAGGUCGAAUGAGUACGAUUGGGAGGAUCCUUUGCAUCUAUCGGCCCAAAAUACAUCACCAGUUGGAAGUCUCAAGAUCCAGUUGUCUCCCUGACUAUGUUCCUUCUGCCUCCUUUUGUUUCGUUUUUAUGGAGAAGGGAGCUUGAUUUAUGGUGAAGCGAGCUCGAUUCAGUGAGGUAUAUACCUUUUUUGGUCACUUACUUGCUGAAUCAUCUAGGUUUUGCCUGGUGUGCGAUAGAACCAUCCAUAUUUUCUUGUCUUCGGUGCACUCAUUUUUUUUUGUGCACUCAUCUCAUAAUCACCAUUUCAAGCAUGCGAUUCAUGUUAAAAUGGUAUCGAUCAUUACUUGUAAUAUGAUGAACAAGAAACACAUGGAUUUGCAAAAAAAAAAAAAAAAACAUCAUUCAAGAUUUACUUCAAUUUGAAGGAUUAAGGGAUUUAGGGUUGGGGUUUAUAAUUUGGGAUUUUGGAUUUGUGUUCAAAAUUUAAGGUUUAGGGGUUAGGACAAUGGAUUGAUUAGUUGUGAUCAUAUAUAAUAUCAUCAUAUCACACUAAUGCUACCAAUUAAAAUUAAAACUCGAUGUCUUAAGGUUACUUUUAGAGUUGGGUACAUUGUAUGCACUCAUUUUUGUGGGUACGCCAAAGUAGCCACUAUAUAUGGUUCAGGCUAGCAUACGCCAGGUUUACAUCUCACACUACCGUACGCCAGUCGAGUUUUACUAUUUAGACCGUGAAUUACCGGAGUUUGGGGCAUGAUACUAUACCCUAACCUCUAAUGGGUGAACCCCCAGUCCCUAAUUCUCUAACUCGAGCAACAAGAUUCAUUUAAUCUAAGAAAAUAUUAACUGACGGUUCUGAUUCAGUGAAAUAUAUUUAAGUGCAAAUAACAAGUGUGACACAGACACAUAUAUAUGAAAUACUGGAAUAAGCCUCAUAAAUAAACUAAUAGUACUAGAAUUCUACUAAACCUAACAAUAAUUAUUCUACUAUUAAUAAUAAUAAUAAAAACACCUAAGGUCGAGUCUCUAUCAUAUUUGGUAUUCAGGAUUAUGAGAUUGAGAUUGAUAUACCUCAAAAUAAACGAGAAACAAUGAAAAUUAUAAAUUAAU